AUCGCUGAAAGAGCCAUGGUAGUACCAUCCGCAAUAUUAGUUAUAUCAAUUAGUUUAAGUUUAAUAGAUCUAGCUACAACACGCAAUAUACUUAGAAUAGCGGGUGGAGAUAAAACUUCAAUAUACAAAUACCCUCAUUCUCUAUUUCUUAAACUAGAUUGUGGUGUAUAUCCAAGAUGUGGUGCCUCUGUUUUAACUCAAGAUAUUCUUUUAACUGCUGCGACAUGUUUUGUCAACUGCAAGAAGCCAUUUAAUGAUAAAGUUAUGGAGGUAUCAAUGGGAGAUGAUUAUGAAGAACUAGGACAAGUACGAAAAAUUAUAGAUUUCAUUUUACAUGAAAAACAUACUGGUGCUAAGCUUGCAAAUGACAUUGCUUUAGGCAAAGUAGAUAGACCUAUGAGAUUUGGAGACAGCCUCCAGAGGAUAAUUUUAAUGAAAACACCGCCUUUUUAUAAUUCCGCUUUUGUUGCUGGUUGGGGCUCACUAAAUGAUAAGGAAGAACCCAGCAAAUACCUGAAGCACAUGCGCCAACAUUUGGUAAACACCGAGGACUGUCAUAAAGUAUUUGGUCCCAAUCGCAUUGCUGAAGGAACCUUCUGUAUGGAAGAUGAAAACAGUCGGGCAUUUGAAGGUGACACUGGCGCAGCACUCGUAGUAAACGACUAUAUUCAGAUUGGUCUUGUCUCCUGGGGUCACAUGAAAAAAUCAUACAGCAAGAUAAUCUACACCAACAUUAGUUACCACUUUGAUUGGAUAAAGGAAAAUGCUAGAAAUCUAUAUUGUAGGGAAAGUUAAAAUGGUGUUCAAUAAAUAAACCAAAUAUGAAGUAAUGGAUUG